UCACGUACGCCAUUUUGAAUAGGGCAGGUUCUGACUGGGGGUGUAUUGUCCCUGGAUGAGGAGUGGGGGGAGAUGAUUUAUAAUAAAUAAUAAUAUUAAAAACCAAUAUCUUACGAAUGCUUCUAUACGUGCUACUCUGUCUCCCAGUGCCAGUCCUUUCCUCAAUUGCUGUCCAUCGUAGGGAUCACCCAUCUAGAUGAGUAACAGCGGCACUCCAUCCUCGGCAGCCGAGCAGACAGAAAAGGACAGGUCCGGGGCGGGUGGAGAGCGGACGCGGGCUCCCUCUUUUGGUGCGCUGUGUCCGCCCGAAGAACAGACGGGCUCCGCGGGUAGCGCCGGCUGCCCAGCGUGAGAAGGAGGAUAAACGAGGGCAGCGACAGCUAGCAUCUCCCCCUCCCCAUUUUUAUUUCAUUUUUUACGUGUCCUGACCUGGGGUUCUGCCUUGAUAGCAAAGCGGAAUACCCGAAUAUAUCCGGCAGGUAAGAAGAAUGUUUCAGCUUCCAGUAAAUAACCUCGGCAGUUUGCGAAAAGCCAGGAGAAAUGUGAAAAAAGUUCUCAGUGACAUUGGCUUGGAGUACUGCAAAGACCACAUUGAUGAUUUUAAAGAAUUUGUCCCCAAUGACUUCUAUGUCAAGAACACUAGUUGGGAAGAUGUGUGCAUGUGGGAUCCGUCAUCAACCAAACCCCAGGAGUACAGAUCAAAACCAUUCUGUUGCUCCGGUUGUCCCUUCUCCUCUAAGUUCUUCUCAGCCUACAAGAGUCACUUCCGCAAUGUGCACAGUGAGGACUUUGAAAGCCGCAUUCUGCUUAACUGCCCAUACUGCACUUACAAUGGCAACAAGAAGACCCUUGAAACACACAUAAAGCUGUUCCACAUGCCAAAUAACAUAGCCCGGCAGGGAGCAGGUGGAGUUCCUGGUGGCCUGAAGGAGGCAGUGAGGUUUGAUGGCAGCCACAAGCUCAAAACAGCAGACAGUGUGGAGCAGGCAGUGUACUAUUGCAAGAAGUGCACCUACCGUGAUCCGCUGUAUAAUGUGGUGCGCAAGCACAUUUACCGGGAACACUUCCAACAUGUGGCCGCGCCAUACGUGGCAAAGCCUGGUGAUAAGUCUGUCAAUGGUGCUGUCAGGGGAAACCCCGGUGCCCGUGAUGAUACUAUUCACUGCAAGCGUUGCAUGUUUGUGCCACGCACCUACGAGGCAUUGGUCCAGCACGUCAUUGAGGACCAUGAGCGCAUUGGCUAUCAGGUGACUGCAAUGAUUGGCCACACUAAUGUGGUGGUGCCCAGGUCCAAACCCCUCAUGCUGCUCUCACCAAAGCCUCAGGACAAGGGCAUUCUGGGAGUCACUCAAAAGGGAACCUUGGUGACCACCAGUGCCCGCUCCCUGUCUGCUCAGCAAUUGAGCCGACUGGUCUUACCAAAAGCUGGAUUGCUGUCAGGCACCCAACUAAAACAGGGACCAUAUGGGUUUAAGAGUGGGACCACACAGGCUUUCUCCAUCAGUGGCCAGCAGGUUAGAAUCACUUUGCCAGGCAAUGCACAGGUGUCUGUCCCACAACAAUCACAAACCGUCAAACAGCCGCUCCCUGGUGGGAACAUGCGCAUGCCUGGGUCUGGGGGCUCAGUUGAGGGCAAGAGCUUCCAGUCGGGGAUCUCUACCUCUUCUUCCUCUACACUCAAGUCAUUACCUCUGUCCUCACGGGUACAAGCCACUGCUGCUGGUGUGGCUUCAGGUGCCACUAAGAAGGGGAGCACCUCCAUCCUUGGCACAUCCUAUACGCAAAAGUGGAAGAUCUGCACCAUCUGCAAUGAGCUCUUCCCAGAGAAUGUGUACAGUGCACACUUUGAGAAGGAGCACAAGGCAGAAAAAAUUCCAGCAGUUGCCAACUACAUCAUGAAGAUCCACAACUUCACCAGCAAGUGCUUGUAUUGCAACCGCUAUUUGCCUAGUGACACCCUUCUCAAUCAUAUGCUGAUUCAUGGCUUGUCUUGCCCGUAUUGUCGUUCGACUUUCAAUGAUGUAGAAAAGAUGGUGGCACACAUGCGGCUGGUCCAUGCAGAUGAGGUGGUGGGGCCGCGCACCGAUUCCCCCCUCACCUUUGAUCUUACUCUCCAGCAAGGCAACCCCAAGAACAUCCAGCUGAUAGUUACAACUUACAACAUGCGUGAUGCGCCAGAGGAAUCCGUGGCUUUCCAUGCUCAAAACAACACAACAGCAACUCAUUGCAAAAAGACACCUCCCAAAAUUCCCGAUAGUCUUGAUGUACCCAUAAAGAGUGUACCACAGGCUGCUGUGCCCUACAAGAAGGACGUAGGCAAGACCCUCUGCCCAUUAUGCUUCUCCAUCCUCAAGGGGCCAAUUUCUGAUGCACUUGCACACCACCUGAGAGAGAGGCAUCAGGUGAUUCAGACAGUACACCCUGUGGAGAAGAAAUUGACUUAUAAGUGCAUCCACUGCCUGGGUGUGUAUACCAGCAACAUGACAGCCUCCACAAUCACCCUUCACCUUGUACACUGCCGUGGUGUGGGAAAGAUGCAGAAUGGCCAAGAGAAGCCUAAUGCAUCUCUGAAGGUAACCCAGUCAUCUGGUAUAGCUUCACUCAAGCGUGACAUAGAACGCUUAGACCCAGGUUUCCUGAAGAAGCGAAAACUUGACCAAGACCACUCCCCAACAAGUUUGACUGAUAAGUCUGAUGAUGCUGUGGUGUUGGUGCUUGACCCAAAAGGCUAUGAAGAUGAAUCCUAUGAGGCUAGGAAAGCUUUCCUCACAGAGUACUUCAACAGACAGCCCUACCCUUUAAGACGUGAAGUAGAAAAGCUUGCAGCUAGCCUGUGGUUGUGGAAAUCUGACAUCUCCAGCCACUUUGUGAACCGGCGAAGGAAGUGCACUCAGGAUUGUGAGUCCAGGAAAGCUGCUGUUCUGUUAGGCUUCAACAUGCGAGAGGUCAGCCGACUCAAGCACAAGAUGAACUUUGACCCUGAGUGGUUUUUUGAAGCCAAAGAGGAGGAAGAGUGUCAUACAUCUAAAACAUCCAUUGGUCGAUCCACUAACUCCAUCAGUCAUUGCCUGGAUGAAAGUGCUACAUCACUUUUGAGAAGAACACCAAGGAAGUCCAUCAAGCGCACCCAAUCUCAGCCAAAUGGAUCGAAAAGUGCACCCGUGCCUAAUGUCGAUGGAAAUGACCAAAAGCCGACAAUCGAAAUCACCUUACAGCAAAGGACUAAAAAGCACUCAGAAAUUAUAACACUGGACUCUAAGAAUGGGUCACAAAAAAAAGAGGAAGCUAUGGCAUCUAUUGACAGAAGACUUUCAGAUGAAGAGGGGAUGGCCACUGGAGAAGAGAAAGAUAAAGUAGUGGAAGCCAGAAACAGUCAUGCCAUGAAUGAUGGUGGGCUUGCCAUUGAACAAGAGAAAAAGAGAGGGGCUGUAGACAGAGACCCUUUAGAUUCAGAAUCAAACUUGAGGACCUUGGAGGAGAAGGCGUCCCCGUGUGAGAAUGGCUAUGGGUCAGCUGAGCAGAUGGUUAGACAGAAGAAAAUAGAAAUUAACAAAGAGGAGGACCAGCAUGUUAAGGAGAAGAGCCAUUGCACAUCAUGGAAAAACCACAGCAGCCAGGGAAUCCUAGACAGCAAGUCAGAAACUUCUAUACUAGACGAGCUUAAUGAUGGUGUGGCUGGAGGCAAUGAGCCAAAGUGUACCCUGUUAUCAGGAGGUGUGUCCCUAAGCAGCCAACAGGUAUAAUAUCCUUGCAGGAACUUAGGUAAAACGACCAAUAGUUUGAUGGCUCUCUGAGGCUUCAGAACUGGUACAGCCAGCAACCGCAGAAGGGGAAGUGAGGAGGAGGAUGUGACCAACAAGCCAUCCUGUAGAAUAGGAAUCCAUGUGUCAGCAAAAAAAGUCAGCAAAUGUUCUACAAUAGCAGCAAGAAAUAAACCACAAUGUUAAGACUUGCUGUAGGAAGAAAAUAAAAGAUGCACUAAAUAGUACAUAAGUCUGAGUUUCCCAUUCAGUUUACUUUAUGUAUACAACAGUUUACUUAAAAUCUUUUUUUAUAUAUCUUCCGCUCAUUCAUCACAAGAAUAUGAUGACUGACUGAUUGCAAGGUCUUUGGUUUCCAGGAUAGAGGAUUAAGUAGGAAAAUCACUCAUUUCAUAUAGUGAGAAAAUAGCUGGUGUAUAUUUGUACAGUCUUUUAGACCUGUUUGAAGAGAUUCAUCACAUCGCUGUAGUGUAUCUAUGAUAUAUUUGCUCUUCUUUAUGUGCACAAGUUAGAUUGUCAUAACUUCUACUUUUGUCCACUUCUGUGGAUAAAAAGUGCUCUAGUGGCUGCUGUUUUUUCUUUUUCUUUUUUUUUUUUUUUAAACAAAACAUUGUA